UGUUUUGAAACAUUUGCCGCCUAAAUGAGAUCCUGAUCUUCUUAACAAAAAGAACCCACCUCUAUUUCAACUGGCAAAACUAAAACCCUAGCUCUCCUCCGUUGGCAAAUCUUUGAACAGAGAAUGGACAGCGAAGAAGAACUCCUCCCAUCCUCAGAUACCGAACAGCCAUCCUCUCCUCUCCCUCAAAGAAAAUUCAAACGUCUAAAAAAAGCCACCAAUACUGUCAAAAUCUCUCAAGAUCCCCUCCUCAAUCCUCCGAACGACACUCCACCGUCACCUUCACCUUCACCUUCCAUACAACCAACUGACUCCCCCGAUCUUGAAGCCCUAGACGCAGAAGAGCAGACCGGGGAAGAUUUCAGCGAACCGAUUUUGAGAUCUGAACCUGGUGAUCUGGAAAAUUUCGAGGAGGGAAACGAGUUGGAUACUGAUUUUAGUGGCUCGGGAAACGAGGAUAGUGUAGCUGAUGUUAAGAGAGCUCUGGAAUUUGAUUCCGUGGAUGAGGAAUUCAAUGGACAAGGAAUGGAAGAGGAGAUUGGGGAUUUUAGGACCGAGGAGGAUUUGGAUAAGAAACUACCUGAUUUCGAUGGUUUCGAGGAGCAGAAAGAGAAGAAGAAGAAGAAGAAGAGAUCAAAAAGUGGAGAUGAUGGCUAUGGAGAUGAGCAGUUUUCGGUUCACACCAACAAAAGAAGGGAAGCGAAGGAAAGCAGAGAGAGGCAUAAGGAGCUCAUUAUCGAAUCUCAGAAAUUGUUGAGAGAAACUAGAGAAGCAUCAUUUAAACCAGUCCCAGUUGUUCAAAAGCCCGUAUCUUCUGUUUUAGAGAAGAUUAGGCUAAGGAAGCGUGAGGUUUCAAAGAAAUUGGUUUCUGUAAACACAAGUUCUUUUAAUGACUCGGAUGAUGCUUUUUCAAGAGAAGUUGUACUGGAGUGUGGAUUUGAAAAUGAUCUUAUUGAGGAUAUAGAAGUUCAAAAGGUUGCAAGAGCAGACAGUGAAACGAAUGCGGAUCCUUUUGACGAGGAGAACAGUUUAGAUUCCUUGAGUGUUGAAGGUUCUAAGAGGACAGCAAAUCACAGUCCUAAAACUAUGGCUUCUCUGAUGGAUUUAAAUGGAGAGUCAAAACAAACAUUUCGAGCUCCCGUUGAUGAUACUCAGGAUCUGAGUUUUGAUUCCCAAAAAAGCACCUCCAAAGAUGAGAUUUCAGAUGAUCCACCCAGCAGUCCUAUGGAUGGAGUUCAAGCACCGUCCUUACUUGCAAUGAACUUGAAGCUCGAUUCUGCUCCUCCUGAUGAGUUUUCUGAUGAAGAGGACAAUGAUAAGGAGAACAUCGAUCCAAUCCCACAUGGGUUGGCUGAUCUAUCUUUAUCUCCUAAAGGUGAUCCUAUGAAAGCUUAUAUUGAUGAAGAAGCUGAAGUAGAAGAUGACAGUGAUCAUGAUCUAAAUCGAUUUGGAGAUUCUGAGGAAGAUGAGGAUGACUUGGACUCUGAGGAACUUAAUGAUAUGAUAGAAACUGGUUACAAAGAAAAGCCAUUUGAUAAUGAAAUUCGCAAUCAGCUUCAUCAAAAGUGGCUUGAGAAACAGGAUGCUGAUGGAACAGAAAAUCUGUUGCGGAAACUGAAAUGUGGUUCUAAACAAAGGGAAACGACUUUGCUUGAAGAGAAAGAAUAUGAAGGCAAAGAAGAUGAAGAAGCUGAAGUAGAUGAAGAAGCUAAAGUAGAUGAAGAAGAGUUUCUAGAUGAGGCUGCAGAAGUUACAAGAAAUGUUGUCCGGAUGAACUUAAAGAAAGCGAAGGAAAUGAUUUCUCAAAUGUUCACAGAUAAGGAUGAUGUAUAUAUAUCAUCUGAUGACGAGGAAACAGAAACGAGGCUUGUUAAGGAGCAACUUUCUUAUAAAGCAGAAGAUCAGGCUACAUUCUUGUCACCAGCAGAGGCUGAAGGGUCCAAAGAAAUCUUUGGUCUUAUAAAGAAGCUGAAUGGUGUGCAUGACACAAGAAAGAAAGCUAAGAUAACAUCCUAUUCUCAUAUGCGAUCCAUAACAGGAAAUAGGAAUAUGUCAUCAAAGUCAUCUUUUCUAGGGCGGGGGUCAAAAAGUUCUCUGCCAUCGUCCCGGAAGCAUGGAUCAAGCAUGGUUCGUUCUUUUGUCUUCGAAAGAGAUGACAGCAGUAGCAGGAGUGCAAUCUCAAUGCCAGAGGAUUCUUCAAAUUUGAUCCAGAGUGAGAAUAGACCAAGGAAAACUGUUUCGGCCAAGUUCAGUGGCUCGCAAAUUAGAUCAAGUACCCAAAACACACAAGCUGCCACAGAAAUGAAAUCUGGUCCGUCGCUACACGAGAUAUUAAGGUGCCCUUCUCUGCAAUCUAGCCACCACAAUAGUAAUAUUAUGGCUGGCCAAGUUGAAGCCAUAUAUGAUGCUUUCAAAUUGGAUCGGAAUCAGAGAAAGAACGAACCUAGAGUAUCUAUAAGAACUGCGUAUAGUUUCACCUGAGAUUAUGCUGUCACUGGAUACUAAUGCUGUAUGGAUGUUGAUUAGUGUAGACUUCUUUAUUGGUGAAAUAAUACACCUGCACUUUUGGUGCUGCUUUGAUAAA